GUUGGGAUGUUGGCAGGAUAUCCGUGACAGGCGGAACUGGUAGUCUCUGGAGGUGCUACAGGCGCCCAGCAUUCGGUUUAUUUCCAGCAAUAGAUCCAGGGAAAGGGUAUCUGAGGAAGAAUGGUGGAUAAGACGCCCCCUCCCCAGGAGCUGGUAUUGGUGGCAGAUAGUGAAAGGUUUAUGAAACUAAAAAAAGCAUUUAUAUCGAAAUAUGGUGCCCCACCUGCAUUUUAUGCACGAGCUCCUGGACGAGUCAAUUUAAUUGGUGAACACAUUGAUUACUGUGGUUAUGCUGUGCUUCCAAUGGCUUUAGAACAAGAUAUCUUGGCAGCUGUCACACCAACGCAAACAAACCUCAUCCAGCUGGCAAACACUAACCCCGUAUACCUGGACUAUAGUAUUCAUGUAAAUGAGAUCCACAUUGAGACAGCUAAACCGCAAUGGCAUCAAUACUUUCUUUGUGGAUUGAAAGGGAUUCAGGAACAUUUCAACAUCAUUGCCAAUGGAAUGAAUUGCGUGGUUGAUGGCACAGUCCCACCCAGUUCUGGACUCUCUAGUUCCAGUGCAUUGGUUUGCUGUGCAGGUCUCAUUACGAUGGUUGCCAAUCAGAAGGUUCUAUCAAAGGUGGAAAUUGCGGAGAUCUGCGCAAAGUGUGAGCGGUACAUUGGCACUGAAGGUGGGGGUAUGGACCAGUCGAUUUCAUUCCUGGCAGAGAAAGGAAUGGCCAAGUUGAUUGAAUUCAACCCACUUCGCACCAUCAACGUAAAACUUCCAAAAGGAGCUGUGUUUGUGAUCGCGAACAGUUGCAUAGAAAUGAAUAAAGCUGCAACAGCUCAUUACAAUAUCAGAGUUGUGGAAUGUCGACUUGCAACAAAGAUACUAGCAAAAGCAAAGGGUGUCAAGUGGGAGAAUCUGUUAAAAUUGGGAGACUUACAAACUGAACUGGGAGUCAGUCUGGAGACAAUGGUUUCAACUGUGGAGCAAAUUCUGCAUCCAGAACCUUACAGCAGAGAGGAAGUUUGUGAACAUCUUGGAAUCAGUCAAGAAGAGCUAUGCAGCAACAUUCUCAGCCAGAACACACAGCAUGUGACAACAUUCAAACUUUACCAGCGUGCUAAGCAUGUUUACAGUGAAGCCAAACGAGUUCUACAGUUCAAGAGAAUUUGUGAUGAGACACCUGCCAAUGCAUUGCAGUUGUUGGGAGAACUGAUGAAUCAAAGCCAUAUCAGCUGUAGGGAUAUGUACGAGUGCAGCUGUCCAGAACUUGAUCAGCUGGUGGACAUCUGUAUACAAGCUGGUGCUAUUGGUUCACGGCUAACUGGUGCUGGAUGGGGAGGCUGCAUAGUGUCAAUGGUGCCCACCAACAACUUGGAUAGCUUCCUGACAAAAGUGCAAGAAGACUAUUACAAAGCUGAUGUUCAAAGAGCAGCUUUACACACACACAGCCUGUUUGCUACCCAGCCUGCAGGAGGAGCAACAGUUUAUCAUGAGGCCUAAAUAACUUGAAAGACCUGUGGGAAUAAGGAGGCCAUUUUUCCUUCCCACCCCCCCAAUAUGAGAGCUGGUCUGCUUAGUCAUUAUUACUUUGAGUAAUUAAGACACAUUUGUUCAAAAUAAAUUUGAGAUAAUCACGAAUCAUUGUGAAGAAGCAAUCAGCUUGUUUAAUUUGUCCUGAGACCAUAACAGAGGAUGUCUUUUUUUUGUGGCAAAAAACAUUUAAUUGCAGCUCAGUGUUUUACCCAACCUUUUCAAUGGUUAUGAUUGGUAAUAAUUCUUGUGAAAACUGCAAUACACACAGAUUCUCAUGGCAUUUUAUAUCGUCCUUAUAAUCGUCAUCAGUGUCCGUCUCUGACUCUGUUUCAGUUUCUGUUGAACUUGGUUUUUGAGAUUCCUCUUUGUUUUCUUUGGCUUUAAUGAUCUAAUGGAAAUGAACACAACAGUGAAAAAACAAAAUUCAUGUUGCUUUAAUUUUGUGUAUACUUUGCCAGAUAUAUUCCAUGCUGCACCUUCAGCCUCAAAGAUUGUUUUCUCUAUGAUACAUUAGUAGUUGGCACAACAUCGUGGGCCAAAGGGCCUGUAUUGUGCUGUACUGUUCUAUGCUCUAUGUUCUAUUAAGAAACAGGUGUGCUCUGAAAGAAAGGUUGAUGUAUUCAUUAAGUAUACUACCCAUUAGGAAGACUGUAUUAUCACCAAAAUCCAGCCAGCCUGAAUUCAAAACCUGCAGACUGGUGCUCCAACCAGGCAGUUAAUUAGAACACAUCAUGGUGAUUUGAUUUAUUUCUGUCACGUGUACCGACUUACAGUGAAAAGUAUUGUCUUACAUGCUUUACAGGCAGAUUUGUACAAUCGAGGUGCAUCGGGGUAACAGAACAGAGUGCAGGAAAAUAGUGUUACAGCUGCAGAGAAGAUGCAGAGAGAACAACAUUGACAUUUAAGAGGUCCAUUCAAAAUAACAGGGGGUAAGAAGCUAUUCUUGAAUCUGUUCGUAUGUGUAUUCAAACUUUUUUAUCUUCUGCCCGACAGAAGAAGGUGAAAGAGAGUGUAACCGGGGUAGGCAGGGUCUUUGGUUAUGUUGGUUGCUUUCCCAAUGUAACCAGAAGUAUAGAUGGAGACAAUGGAUGGGAGGCUGGUUUGAGUCAUGGACUGGGCUGUGUUCACAACUCCCUGUAGUUUCUUGUGGUCACAGGAAGAGCAGUUGUCAUACCACGCUGUGUUGCAUCCAGAUAGAACGGUUUCUAUGGUGUAUCUAUAAAAAUUGGUAAGUGUCUUUAUGGAGAUACCAAAUUUCCUUAGCCUCCUGAGGAAUUAGAGGCAUUGUGCUUUCUUGACUGUAGUGUCAAUGUGGGUGGACGAGGACAGAGUGUUAGUGAUUUGUGACAUUCUCGACCAUCUCCACCUCCGCAUCAUUGAUGCAGGUGGGCAUGCCCUUCAUAUUGCUCCCUGACCAGCUCCUUCAUUUGCUGACUUUGGUGGAGAGAGAGAUUGUUGUCUUUACACCAUGCCACCAAGCACUCAAUCUUCUUCCUGUACUCUGUCUCGUUGUUGUUUGAGAUCUGACCUACAUGAUGGUGUCAUCAGCGAACUUGUAAAUGGAGUUGGUACAGAAUUUGGCCACACAGUCAUAUGUGUCUAAGGAGUACAGUAGGGAGCUUAGUACACAGCCUUGCGGGGCACUGAUGUUGAGUAUUAUCACAGAGGAGGUGUUGUUGCCUAUCCUAAUUGACUGCAGUCUGUUGAUGAGGAUGUCAAGAAUUCAGUACAGAGUGGGGAGCGCAGAGCCUAGGUCCUGGAGUUUGGAGACGAGUUUGUUUGGAAUUAUGGUGUUGAAGGCAAGAGCUGUAGUCAAUAGAUAGGAGCCUGACAUAGGUGUCCUUGUUGUCCAGAUGUUCCGAGGAUGAAUGUAGGGCCAGUGAGAUGGCAUCUGUCAUAGACCUUUUGCGCCAGUGGGUGAAUUGCGAGGGAUCAAGGCAAUUUGGGAGGCUGGAUUUGCUGUGAGCCAUGACUAACCUCUUGAAGCACUUCAUAAUGAUGGAUGUCAGAGCUACCGGGCCGUAGUCAUUGAGGCACGCAUCGUGAUUCUUCUUUGGUACUGUGAUAAUGUAGGUCUCUUUGAAGCAGAUGGGGACUUCAGAUCGUAGUAAGGAGAGGUUAAAGAUGUCUGCAAAUACUCCCGCCACCUUGUCUGCACAGGAUCUGCAUGCACAACCAGGGACUCCAUCAGGGCCGGUAGCUUUCUGUGGUUCACCCUUAAGGCAGCAGAUCUAACGUCUGUGGCGCUGACAGUGGGUACAGGUGCAUCCGAGUCUGUUGGGACAGGUGACAUUGAUUCACUGCCCUUCUGUUCAAAGCGAGUGCAGAAUGCAUUGAGCUCAUCAGGUAGGGAUGUACUAUUGCCCGUGAUUCUGUUUGACUUCACUUUGUAGCCUGUUUUGUCGUGUAAGCCUUGGCACAAACAACAGGUGUCCAUGAGGUAAGUCUGGAAUUGCCGCUUGGCAUCCCAGAUGGCCUUGCAAAGGUUGUAGCUGGAUUUCCUUUACAGGUGAGGGUCACCCGACCUGAAUGCCUCGGACCUGGACUUCAGUAGAGAGUGGAUCUCCUAAUUCAUCCGUGGUUUCCAUUUGGGGAGUGUUUGGUUCAACUUCUUCGGCAUGCAGUCAUCGACAUACUUACCAAUGACAUCAGUAAUGGUAGCAGCAUGCUUAUUUAGGUUGGCCGCUGAGUUCUUGAAUAUGGACCAGUCCCAGCCCUUUAGUUUCAUCAGACUAACACUGUACUACUUUCUGUACUGGGUCCUCACGCUUCAGUUUCUGUAUGUAAGCCAGGAGGAGGAGUAUAGUGUUGUGGUCUGAUUUUCCAAAAUGCAGAUGGGGGUUGGAGCGGUAGGCAUCUUUGAUGCUUGUGCUGCAAUCGUCAAAGAUGUUCGGAGCUCUGGUCGGCAUUGGAGACAUAUUCCGUAUUUCAGUAGCACAUUUUUGAGGGUAGCCUGGUUGAAGUCACUGGCUAUGAUGGAGAAGGCUUGGGGGUCUUCUGUCUCUAGAUUGUAGCGUACUUCAUUAAGUGCAUGGGGUUGGAUGUAGACCACUGUCAGGAUAGUGGAGGUGAAUUCGUGUAGCAGGUAGUAUGGAUAGUAUUUCACUGUUAAAUAUUCUAAGUCUGAGGAGCAGUGACUCACUAGGGUCAUCACAUUUGAGCACCCGGUGAUGUCGUUUAGGAGGCUGACCCCAAUGCCCCAUGACUUGCUCGAGGACACCAAGCAGUCCAUUCAGUGGAUUGAGAAGCCCUCAGGUUGUAAGGCACAGUCAGGUGCAGCAGGGGUGAGCCAUGUCUCUGUUUAACAGAGCACACUGCAGUCCCUCAAUUCUCUUUGGAAGGUGAGUCUAGCUUUAAGGUCAUCCAUCUUGUUUUCAAUGGUUUGGAUGUUUGUCAGGAGUAUGCUGGGUAGGGGAGGGUUUGAAAUUUCAGAGUUUCAGUCUCACCUGAAGUCCAGCGUGUCUCUCACGUUUUCUGGGUAAAUGGCUGCUCCUAGAUCAAGAGCUUUUGUUUGCAAGAUAAUUAGCUUGAAAUGUAUAGACUAAUACAGAGCUAAAAGGAAAAAGACUGGUCUUUAAAUGGAUAGGAUAGACAGUUGAAAAAUGCACAUGAAUUUAUAUAGUCAUUUUCACUUUUGUCCGAGUAACUUUUGACCUUGAUUCCAAAAUUUGUUGAUCUUAUACACUUUGUUCAUUAAUAAAUAAAAGUAUCAGUAAUUUGAAAAAAAACUGUCUGGGACUUGGGCAUACUUUAAAACUGUUUGUAAAGACAAAUUUUGGUACAUUCCUUAACAGUAAGUCAUUUGAAAAUAAAAUUCUGAAACAGUUA